UAUCACCAGCUGUAUUCCCAGAGGAGGGCGGCUGUCUGUGUUUCUGCAGCCGCUGUUCUCACUGGAACCGUCUUCCUUGCACGCUCUCCAAGAUGCCGAGCCAAGAAGGGGCCUCCCCGCUCCUUCCUUCCAAUGUCUGCGUGGGAAGGGGGGUUGCCUCUUCCUUCUGGAGAUGUAAAAUUUUCCCUCACAGAGGCAGGCUGGCUCCAGGAACCUGAACCGGUGGAGGAAUGUGUUCAGAGCACACUGGCUGCCUUGUACCCCCCAUUCGAGGCCACAGCCCCUACCCUGUUGAGCCAGGUCUUCGAGGUGCUGGAGCGGACGUACCAGCACGACGCUUUGCGCUACACCCUUGACUUCCUCGUUCCUGCCAAGCACAUUCUGGCUCGCAUCCAGAGCGAAGCCUGUGCUCAGUACAGUGGCUUUGUCUUCUGCCACGAGGGUUGGCCACUGUGUCUUCGAGAGAAGGUUCUAGUACAGUUGGGAUCAUUGCCUUGGCAACACCUCUGCCCUGGUGACUUCUACCUGCAAGUAGUACCUCACCGGGAGUGUGCCCCGCGCCUGGUGCUGAAGUGCCUGUCACCGGAGGGCCGUGGUGUUCAGGAGCUACCUGUGCCACCAGACUCCUACCCCUUCCUUUUCACUGUUGAGUGGCUCAACGGCAUCAACAAGGAACGCCGAGCCGGACGCCUGGAGCGCUGCCUGUUGGCAGAUGGAGAAAAGGUGCUAAGCCUGCCGUGGCCUGAGCUGGUGUACCCCCAGUUUGUGCACAAAGACGGGUUCAUUGUGGGUCAGCGCUGUCCUGUGGAUUUGGCUCCUGAAGUGCUGGGGGCAAGGAGCCCAGGCGACGGGCGCCAUUCUGGUGGGGAGAACCGGGAGUCUGAGGGAGAGUACGUUCACCUCCUGGAAGUCAGCCCCACCCUGCACCAAGGACCCAGGAUUCCAGAGCCUUGCGGUGCCCAAAUCCAGACAAUGCCCACCCGCAAGGGGCACCACAAGAAUCGGAGCAGGCGCCACCGGGCCUGGCUCCACCACAAGGCUGGGUGUGGGGAGAACUUUGCCUUGCGCAAGGCCUGCAAAGCUCAAGAGGCUCAGCAGUCUAGCCAAGAGAGGAGCGCCCAGGGGGACAGAACUGAACAACGUAGAGGUAACCCUAGUCGGGCCUUGGACCAAAUGUCAAAGCCCUCCCAGGCAGUGGGUAGCCCGGGUUCUGGGCAGCUGGCGCAAACCCAGGAACCUUCUGGGGCUGAAGCACAACUGGACCUUUCUGGCACAGCUGCUGCUGCUGAGGAUAAGGGACCAGAGAAAGCAGAGCCAUCGGGGCCUGUAUACCAAGAUCCCAUCCCUUCUAGGGAGGUCAGCAAUGAAAACCCAUCUGUAGCAUCUGUGACACCAAAACACACUGCCAAAGGAAACCGUAGGAAAAAAAAAGGUGCCGGGAGAGGAGCAGGUGGCCGAAUCAGGCCGGUGGGCGACUCAGCUAACCAAGAAAUGGGAGCUUUUACUGAUCUAAAAGACCCAGAAAAUGAGGAGACCACUAGUACAGGAAACCAGGAUUCUGAGAGGGGAGAACAAAGCUUUAGUAAUGGAGAACAAGCCAUCAGCACUGAAGAAUGCUGUGCGGGCAUUGCAGAGUGUAAUGGCAUCCAAGAGAGAAGUGGCAUCACAGGAGAUGGGACGGCUGGUGCCGAGGAGCAGGGUGCUGGCAUUGGUGAGCUGGCUGUUGGCACGGGAAAAUAUAGCGUUGGCAUCAGAGAGCCAGAGGACAGCUCACAAAAAUGUUCUGCUGGCAUAGGAGACAGCAGUAUUGGCACUAGGGAAAGGAGCAUUGGCAGCGAAGACGUAAACCUUCAUGCCAAAGACCAGACCACUGCAAUUGAUGACAGCGAAGCAAGCGCAGGCAUGGAAGAGCCGAGCAUCAUGGAACGAGGCGCUGGUACAGAAGGGCAUGGCAUGGGAGAGAAGAGCUUUGCUCUUGGCAUGGAAGAAGCACCGUUGACUUUGCCAGGGAAGGAAGAGCCAAGCCAAGUCGAUGGGCAAGUGGAAGCCCUAAAUGUUGCAGCUGAACAGGCAGUGAAGGAAAUGCAACCUGCCCCUCUGCCUGCUACAGUUCGUCUCGAGCAGACUGUAGACUGGGACCUCUUAUGGUCAGGUGUCUUUGCACUAACAGGAGGAAUGGACAGGGCUGGACGGCCUUUGUUGACUGUGGUGCCUCAGCCUAUUCGAGAUGGGCUCCCCCUAGGACAAGAAGUUCUGGUUAGGACCCUGAAAUACUUGCACUCACUUCUCAGGAAAGAGCAGGCGGCCUUGGGGAUGACAGUGCUCUUGGAUCUAAGCCAGGUGGACGACUGGGCCCUCCAGGCUCCUGUGCUUUUGCCAGCCUUAAGGACAUUCCAGGAGGGUUCCCCACCACCUGUGAGUCAGCUGCUGGUGGUCCUACCCCUUGAUGACCGAUUUGUACCCCACGAAAAAGAGUUGGCCCUGGAACCUGCUGUGAAAGUGGUGGUUCUCUCUCCUUCUGAACUGCCCCGUUACGUGGCCCUGGACCAGCUGACUCCUGCACUAGGUGGGGUCCUGCACCAUUCACCAUGCAAAUGGGUGGGGGCACGCCAGGCUCUUGAGCAACUGCAGACACUCUGCUGUAGUGUGCUAAAAGCCGUGUGUGAAGCCAAAGCCCAUCUCCAGGCAGUGGGAACAGCGUCAAAUCAGAAGGAGCCAUCAGCACAAAUCGCCUCGCACCAGGAGACGAUGCAGAAACUGCUCUUGGAGCCUCAGCUCCUGGAACUCCAGCGCCGUGGUGGAGCCUUGCUGGCACAACUGCCUGUCCUGGGGCCACGCAGCGCCGAGACUGUGGCUGUCACGAAGCUCUACCAAGAGGUGGAUGAGGCCCUUCACAGUUUGGUCCAGCUCAGCAACCGGCGCCUGGAGGUGUUACAACAAGAGUGGGAAAAUACACAGGCACAAGAGCAAACCAUGGAAGAAAAAAUAAGUUUACAAGGGACUGGCGGCACCAUAGAAGAGAAGAGGCUGACUGAAAGGUUGGCGGAGGGAGCAUCCCUGGAGAGGAUGCUACUCCUGAGCCCCAAGUUCCAAGGGAAGAUUCAGGCCGUGCCAGAAGCCGUCCCUGCCCCACGGCCCCGUGCCUGCAGCAUCAGCUCCUCCUCCUCACCAAAACAUGGCUGGGGCCUGAGUGCCAGGUUUGGCUCCUCCUGCAGCCUGACCUCUCUCUUCCAGCCACACCCCAGCCCCAAGGCCUCUCCCUGUUGUUCCCCUACUCGAAGCAGUCCCCUGGACAGCAGCAAGAAAAAAGGAGGUCCUCCUGCCAGCCCCCAGAUGCUCUUGUCUCCCGCCUCUCCCCUGGCACUGCGAGCCCUGAGCGAUCCAGGACGUCCCAGUGUGCACAUCCGCGGCCUAGAGGUCAGCAGCCGUGAACUGGCAGAUAGGAGCUGUUCGCCCCGCGAGCAUGUGCUGUUGAGUCGCAGUGGGACUCAUGUUGCUGAAGCGCCCUGGGGAGCCACACCACGCACGGAAAGAAGGCGCUGUCUUGGGGUCCAACAGCAGCUUCUGGCUGAGAUGCUGGAGUGUGAGCGGGAGUAUGUGGGUGCCUUGGCCCAGCCUUUGUCUCUGGCCCCGGAACCUGGGGGACAGGUCUUGCCCGUUGAGCUGAGAUGCCUGGGCAGUGCUUUGCGGGCCACGCGGGACCAGCUGUUGGCCUUCCAUAGCAGCAGCUUCCUCAGCGAGCUGGAGGGAUGCAUGAACCACCCAUCGCGCACCGGGGGCUGCUUCCUGCGUCAUGGGGAGAAGUUUCAACUCUAUGCCAUUUAUGCCAAAGAUCACCACAAGUUCCAGGCCACCCUGGCUUCACUUCGAACCACCAGCAAGAAGGGACCGAUAGAGCUGCGUGAGCAUGGGCAAAUGGCACGCGCCUUGUGUGAGCCCUUGGAACAGCUGGAACGGUACCGGCGCUUCCUGGGUGAGCUGCUGCGCGAGUGUGACCUCGAACGGGGGCCUGACCGCCAAGCCCUGCAGGAGGCCCAGCAGCUGCUGGAGGCCCAAGAGCAGCGAGGCAGGGACCUGCUGGCUGCCGAGCAGAUCCGGGGCUGCGAGAUGAAACUGUCUGAACAAGGGCCACUGCUGCAGCGUGGUGAGCUCACCAUGGUGUGCGGGCGCCGCAAGUGCCAGCGACACACCUUCCUCUUUGAGCGGCUGCUUCUCUUCACUAAGUGCAAGGGAGCUGAGGGUGGCUAUGUCUGCAAACAGGCCUUGCAGACAGCAUCUAUGGGGCUGACAGAGAGUGUGGGGCCCAGCGGUGUACGCUUUGAGCUGUGGUUUGGACGGGGACCAGCCCGACAGGCCUACACACUGCAGGCACCCUCUGCUGAAGUCAAGCAUCAAUGGACAAGUGUUAUAGCCCAGCUGCUGUGGAGACAAGCUGCCCAUCCAGCUAUCUCGAUGUGCGUAUCCUCCUGCCCAGCCCAGCGUUUGGCCCCCCUUGGCCUUGGUCCUGGACCCCCUUCUGGGCUAUCAUUGCCUGGCCACGUUGAGGAAGAGGAAUGGGACCUAGAUGUCAAGCCUAUCCCAAGAGCUGAGACCUCUGAUUCAGAAGAAGCCUCUCCAAGCCACCGAGAACCAUCUAGCCUGGCAAGAUCAUUGCCUGGGAGUAGCUCCGCUGUGGGGCACCACCAGUCGCGUUGGGUGUGGAGUCUGCAUCGGAAGCUCUUUUCCCCAGGCAGCCACGGACGGCAGGAUUCAGUCCCCCGAGGCUCUGGGAACAGGACAGUCUGAACCUCACAGUGCCUCGGGGGGAGGGAAACGCAUGGUUGCUUGUGUCCGUGACAUGCUCCCACCAAAUUGUCUGAUGGCUCUCCCAUGCUCCCCUAUCUGCUGCCAUCCCACAGGAAUACCAAGCUUCCUCGGCCUCUAUCUAACUCUGAGAGGGCUCUGAACUGCCUGAGAGCAUCCAUCCAGUGCCUUUUCCACCAUUUUUUUGAGAAUUACUGGAGAUUACUGGCCCAGCCGAUGCUGCAGCUGGUGAGAGAGGUUAUAUGCCCAGGUAAAGGCCAAACCAAAGAGCUCUUUGUUGACCAUGGACAUGAUAAACUGGAGGAAUGUAGAACCAGCCCCCUUCAACCGGGGCUGAUGCCCAGAGGGUACUGAAUGCUCAUUUGCCUAGUGUCCAGUCCCAGGCCAGUUGGUAUUAUGAGAGAGGAAGGGAAGAAUCUGGGUGACAGCUGCUGGGCAAAUGACAGGAAUCACUCUUUGAACCACAUCCAGGUUCUCUCAAGAAGAAAAGAGGUGCAUCUGGGUGGCAUGAUGGGCAAAAUUAACAUAUUGCUACAGGACAUGAAUUUUCCCCUGCCCUCAUUUAAAGGAGUUCAGAAAUAGCCCAGAGAAACUGCAGAGCCACAUAAGUUAAAGAAAUAAUGCAGCAAUAUUUACGGUGCUGAGGUUUUCAGGGUAGCAGCUGUUAAUUUCUGAUGCCAGUGACUAAGAAGCCUAAUUAGAGCCAAGCUACGUGAUCUAGCACAUGACAGAUCUCCCAGGACUGUACCACUUCAGAAUACAAGUGGGGGACUUGCAUGUUUGGAUAUCCCUGAAGACUACCUGCACACAGAAUGGGUAGAUGCCAAAGAGAAGGCUUCAAGCUGGUAUACUAUUUUUUUUUAACUUGCAGUGAGUUUUGACAAACUAGAGUGUUCGGUAAUGUAACACCCACACAACCACCCACUAGAUUUGGUAUUUUUGUCUCCACUUGCAUCUUUCAGUUUGCUUUUGAGGUAGUAAAGCCUGCGCAUAGUGAUCUUAUGUUAUACGAAUACUUUUCCUCAUUAGAACAACAAAAAUCGUAAUAUGAACACUACUGUAUUAACUUCACUUAUACCCUAGUGGGGACCCAAAGCAGCUUACAUCAUUGUCCCCUUCUCCGUUUUAUUCUCACAACAACCCUGUAUAGGGAUAGGGUAAAGACUGGUGUGACUUGCCCAAGGUUCAAUGGCAGAGUUGGGAUUCAAACUUGGGUCGAAUGGAGAAAAUUUUGAGCUACUUCUUGGGGCUGUUUGCUCUGUGGACACCUCUGCAGUGAAGUUGCCCUUUUGUUUAUGGUAUACUGUGGCCUGGAUUAUGGGUAUUUAAAGAGCUAGAAAAUGGUGUGCUGUAUAUUAAGUUGGGGUGGUAGUUUCAGUGGGGUUUUUAUCCAUCCAGACUUCCAGGAUACAUAUGUCUUAUUUUUCUCUACAUGGUAGUUUGAGUUUUUGCUAACCUAGCUCCCUCAGCAGAAUAUGUUCAGCAUUUAAACCCAGGAUCUAUCAUGUAGAAGGUGCACAAACAUUUGCCCACAUGCAAAAGUCAUUAAAGCCACUAUGUGCAUACCUUGCUGCUUAAAAAGCAGAUAUAAGAAGCUUUAAAAGAUGCAAAUAGAGAACUAUGUGUGUGUGGCAGGGGAAUACAUUUUUGUAAAAAGGGAAUUGUGUGCAGAACAGGUAGUGUUCCUGAGAAAUUCACAACUUAGGAAUGUUUUCAAACAUGAUGCUAAAUGUGGUUGUUGUGCAAUGACAAUUUCUUCCACUUUGUUCAAAUACUGGGCUGUCUAUCCAUAUCAGCUCCAAAGAUUUUAACAGCAUAGUUGUCCAUGCUUUGGUGCAGCUCACUAUUAGAGAGUGAUAGGUUUACAACACCCCUUUCCCAUUACUUAGCAUAAAUUCCCCCAAACAGAACCACUUUUUGAUAGGCCUGGUGCUAGCUUGUCAUUUACCCUAACCACUAGAGGCAGAUCAAUGUACAAACAAAAGUUGGCAUAAUGCGCCUAGUUUUCACGGAUGAAAUGGUAAACGUGUCUGCACUGUACCAAUUAAAGGUGUAAGCUCACAUGGUCAAAUGCUCCUCCAUAUUUUUUAAAAUAAAAUCCCUCCACUUAGGAAACUAGCAUGCCAGAGAGAAGUCUAGGCAAGAACCAUUUUCUGACACUGAAUUUUCUGGGCAGGAUCAAAGAUUAUGCUGGUUGUCAUGGGGUCUACAUAGACAAAAGCCACAUUGGACAGGGGCUGUAGUAAGAAUUGGGCAAGAUUGAACAAAAAAGCUGGCUGGAUUUCCACCCACUACUUGCAAAUGGGGUAUUGUUGUAUGGAAGAGCAUUUGGUCAUAUGAAUUUACACCUGUAGACUGUGGUCUGAUGUGACAGACUUUAAUUGUAUGAGAAAAUACAUCAACAAAAAGCCUUAUACUCAAAAUGAGAGCAUCCAUAACUGUCUGUGUCGGCUUCAAAUUAGUUAAAAAAUUGUUUUAGCACUAUGUACUAAGGACAAAGUAAGGAAGGAGCUUAGGGUAAUGUUUUAUUUGGGGAAGCCAGAAGCCCCAGUCAAGAAGGGCUUUUAUACUGUUCCCAUAAAAGGGGGCCCACCACAGAGGGACUGCUUGGCUGCCUGGGAAGCCAGAGCGCUAGGGCUCCGGCUUCUGAGAAAUUAAAUAGCAUUCUUUAACUGGAACAUGCAGUGUUUGAAGAACUGCAAGCCACCCAGAGUGUUCUUCAGGCCCAGGUGUUAACAAAAGCUGUUUGGGAACAGGCCAAUUUGUAAUGCAUUUGAGGUAUGCUUUUUCACUCCAGCUGCCCAUGAACCGAAGCCUCUGUAAGGUACUAAGCAAAACACACUGGGUUUCUGUAAAUUACCAUUGCCAACUAUGUAAUCUUGUCAAAAUAAUCAGUCAGGUUUGUCUAACAAGACAUUAUUAUUUUAUAUAAAAAGCAUGCUGAACCAUA